ACGUCACUUCGGCUGACAACCUGCGUCCUGCCUCCCGUGCGUCUGACGUCACCGCCGGACGUCGAACGGGACUGUUUGUUCUGGAUUUGGGGCGAGGAAGGUCUGCGAAGCGCUAACAGGCGACCGAAGCAGAGUCGAGUGAGGGCCUGAGGGGGGCCCCCCCGGUCCCACCUGCCAUGUCCUAUCCGCUCAAACUACCUGCUCAGUCGCUGCAACCCUCUUCGGUGGCAAUGGGAGACGGACUGGAGGCCGGCAGCAGCCAGAACCUCCCCUCGGCCCCCCCGCCCCCCCAGAUAUGGAACCCCUCUCGACCCAAGCGGCAGACCAACCAGCUGCAGUUCCUGCUCAAAGAGGUGCUGAAGACGCUGUGGAAGCACCACUUCGCGUGGCCCUUCCAGGCUCCCGUAGACGCCAUCAAGCUCGGCUUACCUGACUACUACAAGAUCAUCAAGAUCCCCAUGGACAUGGGAACCAUCAAGAAACGUCUGGAGAACAACUUCUACUGGAAUGCCCACGACUGCAUCCAGGACUUCAACACCAUGUUCACCAACUGCUACAUCUACAACAAGCCAGGCGAUGACAUCGUCCUCAUGGCGGAGGCCCUGGAGAAGGUCUUCCUCCACAAGAUUACGGAGAUGCCGCAGGAAGAGACGGAGAUCUCUGUGGUCACCAAGGGACACCGCGGGGGCCGCCGGGAGCCAGGUCUGAUCACCAAGUCGGACUCGGGCCAGGACUCGUCGUCCCCCUCCUCCCCCUCGGCCUGCGCCCCUCACGGCCCCCCCGCCCUGUCCCUGCCACAGCCCCCACGGGUGCCCCCCACGCCCGCCUCUCACGCUCCACACCUGGGCCCCCCGUUCUCCCUCUCAACACCUGACGUCUUGGUCCAGGGCGUGACGUCGGUCCCUCCUCCGGCCUCGACGCACCCGGGCCUCCACCCGGGCCUCCACCCGGGCCUCCACCCGGCCCUCCACCCAGCCUCCCACCCGGCCCCGAUGCUGCAGAACCCCCCCCCCCUCAUCAAGCAAAGGAAGAGCCAGAAGAGGAAAGCGGACACCACCACGCCCACGGCCAACGACCAGCUGAGCGAACGCUCUCCCGUCUCCGCCGAGGCUCGGCCGCGGCGGGAGAGCGUUCGCCCGUCUAAGACGCCCAAAAAGGACACGUCGCAACCGGACUCUCAGCACCAGCCGGGAGGCGGCUCGGAGGCGGCGGGCGCGGUCACGCACAAGCGGCAGGAGCAGCUGCGUUACUGCGCACGCCUCGUCAGAGAGAUGCUGUCCAAGAAACACGUGGGCUACGCCUGGCCCUUCUACAAGCCCGUCGACGCCAAAGCCCUCAGCCUCCACGACUACCACGACAUCAUCAAGAACCCCAUGGAUCUCAGCAACGUCAAGAAAAAGCUUGACAACAGGCAGUACAGAGACGCUCAAGAGUUCGCAGCAGAGGUCCGAUUGAUGUUCUCCAACUGUUACAAGUACAAUCCCCCAGAUCACGAUGUGGUUGGCAUGGCACGCAAACUACAGGACGUGUUCGAGAUGCGUUUUGCCAAAAUGCCCGACGAGCCAGAGGAGCCCGCCCCCGUCCCCACCCCGUCGUCGGCCCUCCACCCCGCCCCCACCACUCGACAAGCCCCGCCUCCUCCCGCGGUCUCGGAUGACGACAGUUCCAGUUCCUCCGAGUCGGAGUCCUCGGGGGGGGACUCGGAGCACGAACGGCAACACCGAUUGGCCGAGUUACAGGAACAGCUGAAAGCUGUCCACGAGCAGCUGGCAGCGCUCUCUCAGCCCCCGGCCAGCAAACCCAAGAAGAAGGAGAGGGAGAGGAAAGAGAAGCACAAGAAGAAGAUAUUGGCGGACGAGCCUGCGGAGGCCCCUCCCCCCUACGUGACGCUUCAGACUGCCAAGAAGAUGAAGAGCAAGGAGCAGAUGGUGAAGAAGGAAAGGAAGAAGCCCGGCAAGAAAGAAGGUCUCAAGAACAGUCGUCCGGUGGCCGCCCCUCAGCCCGGCCCGACGCCGCUCGUCCCCUCGGCCUUGCUGGAGGUAGAAGAUGAGCCGGAUGUGUUUGGGGGCGUGUCCGCCGACAGGGGCAAGCCCAUGUCGUACGAGGAGAAACGCCAGCUGAGCCUGGACAUCAACAAGCUGCCCGGCGACAAGUUGGGCCGCGUGGUGCACAUCAUCCAGACGAGAGAACCCUCGCUGAAGAACUCAAACCCGGACGAGAUCGAGAUCGACUUCGAGACGCUGAAGCCCUCCACGCUGAGAGAGCUGGAGAAGUACGUUUCCUGCUGCCUCAAGAAGAAGAAGAAGACGUCAGACGAGAAGCCUCUGGAGGUGACAGCCGUGACGAAGACGAAGACGGGAUCCUCGUCUUCAGGCAGCAGCGACUCCUCUGACAGUGAAGACUCUGAGAAUGGGCUGGUUCCCAAGCUGCAGACCAAGAUCUCGACUUUCAAAGACGCCAAGCGGCUUCACCAGCUGCCCCUCAUUACCGCCGUUGGUCCGGCCCCUCCCCAGCCUCAGCCUCAGCCUCAGCCCCAGGCGGUCCAGUCCAAACCCCCCCAUGUCCCGUCUCUGGACUUAGCCCAGCUGAUGGGCUCUGGAUUUGAUCCUCUGGCUCAGUUCAUGAACCCUCGCUUGCCGCGGUCCAACGGCGAGCCCAAAGCAUCCGCCGGUGCUGCCGGAUCCCCGGUCGCCAACACGCCCCCCGAGACGCACCCGUUCCUCAACCAACACCCCGUCAUCCCGUCUCCAGCGAUCCACAACGCUCUCCCUCAGCAACCAUCGAGGCCGAGCAACCGAGCGGCGCCACUUCCUCCCAAACCCCCGCAGCCUCCUCCCCCGUCCUCGCUCCCCUCCCUGCCUCCACCCCCCUCAUCCCAGCUUCAGCCCUCGCUACCCCUCACCCUCCCACAGCCCGUCCCCCGUCCCCGCGUGCCUUCCCCCGCGUCGCACGGCAUCCUGGGAACCCUCUCGGCACAACCUCCCCAGGCCCUGCUGGAGGACGACGAAGAGCCGACGCCCACCGGCUCUCAAACCCCGCCCCUCAACCAAGUUCACAGCUUCUUGCAGUCGCUGCAGGUUCGGUCCACCGUGCAGCUGCAGGCGCAGCCGCCACACGUGCACCUGCCUGCGGGCGGCCCCCAGCCGAUGACACAGAGACACGGCUCAGGCCACGCCCACAUGCGCCAGCCGUUCCCUCAUGCGGCACCGUCGCAGCAGCAGAAGGGGGGCGUGGCCCUGCAGCUGAAGAUUCAACAGCAGCCGUCGCCCGGCAGCAAAGCAGAGCCUUUCUCAACAGGCUGCCUGCGCGAGAGUCCAACUCCUCUGAUGAUACAUUCUCCUCAGAUGUCUCAGUUCCACUCGAUGGGACAGCACUCCCCCUCUCAGACCAAGAAACAUGACCAGAAGUCACACCUGGGGGCGGUCAAAGAAGAGAAACCCUCCCAGUCGCCUGUUCUGCCGCCCUUCAGCCCGACCACGCGCCACGACGCACACAAACACGACAGCAAACACAGAUCCGACCUGAAGCUGUUGGACAGCUCCCGCCCCGGUCAUCGCCUCCCAGACUUCCCGGCACCACUCUACACCCAAGACCUCAAAACCAAGCAAGAGCCUAAAACUCCCAUUGCUCCAAAGAAGACACAGGACGUGAAGCUAAAGAACAUGGGUUCCUGGGCCAGCCUGGCUCAGAGGUCCCAGUCCACGCCGGCUUCCUCCGCUCGCUCCUCCAGCGACAGCUUUGAACAGUUCAGACGGGCCGCCAGGGAGAAGGAGGAGAGGGAGAAACAGCUGAAAGCUCAGGCUGAGCAGAUCAGGAGAGAGCAGGAGAAGCUACGUAACCGUGACGACGACGACGGCGUGGAGCAGGCUCGUCGAUUGCAAGAAGACGCCCGCCGCCGUCAGGAGCAGCCGCCGCCGCCUCCGUCACCGGCCCCCACGCCUCAGGCGUCCUCCCCGCCUACUCACUCCCCGCAGGCUCCGCCCCCCCAGCCACAGGCUCCGCCCCCGCCCGCUGCAGCUGCUAUCGACCAGCGGGAGAUGGCACGCCGCCGCGAGCAGGAGAGGCGCCGGAGAGAGGCGAUGUCCGACACCAUCGACAUCAACUUCCAGAGCGACCUCAUGGCCAUUUUUGAGGAGAAUCUGUUCUGAAGGACCUGGACACACAGACCUAUUACCCAUCAUGCUCUUGGUCACGUGGUCGCUGCCCACAGACACACUGUUGAUAGUAACUGUCUCUCAGUAGUUGAAACAGCUGGCUGGUGUCAUGUGAAUGAGAGAAAGUUUCACGGUGACGGCGAGAUGUGAAGAAUAAUGAUGACGUCAUUUAAGAAUUUAACCUUUUCCUCCGAAAGGGGCGGGUCACUUUCUCUUCUGAGCUCUUCUCUUAUUCACUUUAUUUUAAAGGGACAGUUCACCCCCACAGAUCUGUUUAAAGCAACAGUUUAUUCUGGGUCGUGCUUCAGUUUGUAAGAAAGAAAAUAGUCCCUCGGCGAGGUUUGCCAGUGAUCUCGACAUCUUGUCCAAACAUUGUUAGAGAAAUUAGACCGACCGUUGGAACCCUUUGUAGUUAACCUGUGUGUUAAAGGCACAGAACACCUUUUAAAGGAGACAAGGAGCUUUAAAAAAGAUUUAGUUCUAUUGGAGAGAAGAGCGACUGAUCCAGUGAACUGGCCCUUUAAGUGGAUUUGGGGGGGGGGGGGGUCCUCUGGCCUGUGAACUAACAAUCAUACCCUGCAAAUUAUACAUAUUAUAUAUAUAAAUAGAUACAUGACUAUAUAUAUAUUCUAUACGACCUGAGAACAUAAAGGAACACAAGAGGAAUCUGGAGCUCGUCUCCGGUUGGUUUUGUAGAAUUUACUGUAAAGAAGAAAACUCCUUUUUUUUAUGGUUCUCCGGUUCUCGGCCCGUUCUGUUCGGUUCUCGACUGAAUGCCAAAGCCAAUGGCUCGUUCUCCUUUCUUUUUUAUUUGACAUGUCGGAUCUUCUUUUCACUUUAUAUUAAAGGCUACGUUUUUAUUGCUAUUUAAUUGUUUGCUCCGAUAGUUUUAAAUCAUGGUUUGUUUUUGUGUUCUUUCGGUUUCCUCAUCACGACGUCAUCGGAGCUUCUUUGUUGUUGUUUGUGUUUGUUUUGUUGACGUUUCACCCUUUUUUUCGUAAGUCGGCUCUUUUUUCUUUUUUAAUUUGUUGAGUUUCUUGAGUUUGUUUCCCGUCUUGAUUAAUUUCAGCCAGAACAAGCUGUCGGUCAAUUUAUUGAUCUGCUUCACAUUGUGGUGGACAGCAGCCUUUUUUAAGAAAAGUAUUAAAAUAAUAUAAAAACA